AUGGGAAAUGUUUUAGAUAUUAAGAAAAGUAAGGAUUGGCAAGACCAAUUUUUAGGGGCCAAAGUUGAUAUCAGCGGGGCGAUAUUUUUGGCAACUGCCAAUUAUGCCGACCAAGUGCCAGACUUCGUCCAAGAUAGAGCCAAGUUUGUUAAUAUACCUCUCUACACCUACGAACAAAGAAAAGAAUAUGUUAAAAAGAUGUUGACAAAGAAAUUAAGUAAAGAUACCUUAACCCAAGAAUACACGGGACAGAUUGACGAUGAUUUUUGUAAGUAUAUUAUAACCGAAACCUGGGGACUACGCCAGACCAAUAUAAAUAUGGCGGAAAUGUUUAAAAAAUUAAGAUACGGAAAGAUUAAUAAACAAAAAUACGGACAAGGGACGCCAAUAAGCGAUAUUAGGAAUUAUACCAAGUUAGAAAUCACCAGAAAUAAUUUUAUUUUCCAUUAUGACGGAGGGGCCAGACUUGAUUUAGUGCGAACCCGUGCGGGAGAUAAAUUAUUUGAUGAUAACGGAAAAAUGCUUGGAUACGAAUGA